ACAGUUAGUUGUGAACGAGUCGUCGGCGCGUGAUAAUCUAAAGUGAUUUGGACGGGAGUAAAGUUUUCUUUGUUCAUGCAAACAUUUUUAUAUUGCCGCGACGGACGUGUAUUUAAAGAGCGCUCCGAUUUGUUAAAAUUUCUUGAUAAGGAAGUGCAAAAAUCUUAUUUAACAAACCAAUAUAUUUGUGUGCUUGUGAAAUUAAGGGAGACCUACUUCCUGUUAAGGGGCUCCCAGCGAGCUGCGCAAUACAGUUGGAAAAAGUAUUUGCUUAAACGACACACCUACACGCGUUCCUACGGAUACAAAAAAAAAGACAAAAUAGUAAAUUAAAGCCGAUCCGAUAUAAUUUAUUAUAUCAAUACUAGUAAUCUCUUCGAUUCAUUUUGAACCUUAAUUUUAAAUCACAUAAUUUCAUGCAUACAUAACUGUUCUCAGAUCUGAAAAAGAGCGGGUAAAAAGAAUACGCAAAAAGAGUUAAAUAUAUGCAAAUAAACAUGUCGAAAAGAAAAAGUUCUACAAAAUAAUUAUGCAUUGUGCAUGGGCACGAGUACAUCUAUAAAUGUAAAUGCCAAGAAGCAAAAGCUAAGCCGUGAAUGUAGACGCCACUCCUUUUGCGAAAAAAAAAAACAAAUGAAAUGUAAAAAGGUGGCGUCGAAUGUGCGUGGAUAGAGAUUGAGCGAGAGCUGCUGCGCCGGAGUUGAACUUUGCAUAGGAAUACAUACAAACAAAUUUGGGGUGUGUAUGAGUGUCGAAGAAUUUCUACAGUGCAACCAACUAUAAUUACUGUUGUUGCUCCCCCGCACAAAAAACUGUGAUAGAAAUUUGCAUUUACAUAAAAAAUACACAAAAUGCUUGGGCUGACGGUUGGUUGACUAGCUAGCAGCAAAAAUACAAAAAAAAAACUACAACAAAUUCGACGCUCUCCACGCUUGAGUGCUAUCAGUUGAGACGAGGUGGUGGGACAACAGCAGCAGCAGUAGUUGCAACCUUCACGUGGGUCACCACCUGUGAACAGCGCCUCCAAUACAGCGAUGUUAAAAGAGUCAAGUGUUAUUUGCUGUUAAAUGUUGGCUGUAUUCAAAACUAAAAUCAAUUCCAAAGCUACCACCACAACAAACACCAGGACAAAAGAACUUAAAAAUAAGGCCCAAUAUGGAGAAGCCAAUGCAGCAUGCGCCCGCUCCCGUUGGGAAAGUCUCUCAAAUUGCCAACAUCUUCCAGCGAAAACCCAUUGAAAUUCAACCGGUCGAGCAGCUGAGCGCCGUGGCCGCAGCUCACGCAGCCGCCGCCGCUGCAGCUGCAGCUCACCCGCCAGUUCGCACCGAAUCCCACUCGGCCAGAUUUAACAACGCACGAGCACUCUUUGAAAAACUGGGAGUGGAGUCCAACUCGAAUGUGAGCACACGCUUAAUGCGCAGCGGAUCACGUGAGGAUAACCUGUACGAAGGCUCCGAUCGGAGCUCGUCGCGCUCCUCAGAUCGCUCGCAGUCUCCGCCGAAGCGACGUAUGCCCUUUCCGUCCGGCGCUUCCCUCACCCAAAGUAACAACAUUUCAGCAUUGUCGCAAGGUUGCGGCGAUCGUCUCAACAAUACCAAAUUUAUCGUAGAUCCAUUGGCUGCCGCCAAAUAUCCACAGCACAAUUUAUCACGGCUGAAGUUGGAAGAGCUGAACCAAGUUGCAGCGGUGCCGCCAUCGAACGGUUCGGUCAGUUCCCUUUUUGCCGGUUGCGACAAGCCUGAGAAACCCGAACGCAAAUUCAAUUCUCGAGAGCUCAUCGAGAAGCAAAAGAAAUGGACCUCGCACUUCACCAAGACAAAGACAACACGGACUCACAGCGAUCUCAAUCGUUGCGAUAUCAUACGCACCGUGCCCGGCACGGGCCUCAUUAUGGAUGGCGAGAAGACGCCAAAAACAAUGCCUGUAGUCGUGACGGCGAGCCCGGAGCCGCCGAGUGCGCCCUUACGCCACACUGCUGCUUCACCUGCCGCCGUUCCUCUUCCUACAGCUGUCCCACCAGAGAUAAAGCCGCGUAGUGGCAAAAUUGGCAGUCCUGUGAAAUCGCCUCCUUUGCCGCCCAUUCCAGCCAUUAAGCCAAAGAAUCUUAGUCCCGUCAAAUUUACUACGGAGCGCGUGCGUUCGCCCACAAAAUGCUCGGAGGCGGCGCCACCACCGCCGCCAGCCAAAUCUGCAGCCGUUACGGCGGCCAUGCAACGCUCGGCGCUAUUGCAACAGGAGCAGCAAAUAACUGCCCCGGUGCCGCCUGAGAAGCCGCGCAAAAAGUCCAUCGAUCUUGUAGACGAUGCAGCGCCUACCACUUGCUCCUCGCCCGCGUCCUGCGCCUCGCCCACCAGCUUGAUGAGCUGCAUGAUGGAGGCAACCAAGCGAGGUUCUAUCGAUGCGGCGUUUCCCGAAACAUCAUAUACAGGCAAUGGCAAUGGCCUCAGUGGAAGCACCAAUUCAGCAACAUCUGGUUCGCCAGUGGCUAGCGCAUCAUCGGGUCCAUCCUCGCCCGUGCAUACCGAGGAUGAAAAACAAGAAAAUGAGUCAACAGAGAAGUCUGAAACUGAAGCUUGUCCCAACAGCUACAACAGUGUGCCACAACGACGACGGAGUGAAAACGAAGGUCAAAAAUCUGUGGACGAAACAACAGCCCAGCAACAGCAGCAAGAACAUCAAUAUUUAAGCUCCAGCUUCAUCAACGGCUCUCCGCAGCGUGUCACCCAUAAGCGCAGCAGCAUCACGGUGAAUAUGCCUGCAGCCGGUUUGGGUCAACGACCGCCCAGCAUCAUUUCGACGGCCAGCCAGGACGAGGGUCCGAGUGCUGAGAAAGCGCCCGAGCUGAAGAUCAAGCUGCAGUCGCCGAGUGAUGGCGACCCGGAGCAGCUGCACAGCCUCAACUAUGUGGAUGUCGGCUAUCGCCUCAAUCCCGAUGGAAGCGAGUCACACGAAGUCUUCAGCAGCGAAGCGGAUCUCUAUGUUACGGCCAAGGUGAGCGACAUGCAGCGUAAGUUCCACGGCGCCAACGGCUUCUCGCACGAGUCGAGCACAGUGUAUGCGAUAAUCGUGCCAGAACAGCCAGAGCCACAGGUGGGCACAUCCUCACGUGGUCUCCUGCAGUCUCCCACAUCAAGUGUCGAUGGAUCGCCGCUAUAUCGCGGCGUCUUCAAUUCGCCGCCCGUAGGUGUGGUUUCGCCUAUAAGGCGCCGCAACAAUGGGCAGCAAUGUGAGCAGAAUGGAGAAGGGAGCGAAACGUGCAGCCCCAAAUCCACUCCACCAAUGUCGCCAGCUCGUGCCGGACUAGGCAAGGGUAUUGCGCCUAUAGCAUCCCUAGAUCUUCAUGAGGCAAAACUCAACCAGGAGGAGGAGGAGGAAGAUGACGAGCAAUUGGCUGUGGAAUAUUUCGAGGUCAUGGAAGAGGAGGCGCCUGUCUUGCCUGAACGCCGUGCGGCUGCACUUGAGCUCCAAGAUCUGGAGUAUGCGGACACUAGCGCCGGCGAGGAUGAAGAGGACAUAUUACAACAUUUAAAUACUGAUGUCAUAGAUGAUAUGGCCAAAGUGCAUGUAACCCCUGCUUCUGGUUCAGCGUCCGCUUCUGCUCCUGCUUCCGCCGCGGCCAUGCCACGUGACGACAGUUUACCGGAUGCCAUGACGGCCGCCGAGGCUGAGCGAUUGUUGAGUUCAAGCAUUUUGGAAAACAAAAUCAGACAACAGUCGUUGCUAUCCGACGAGCAGGCAAAAGAAGUUGAGCAGAUACUCAACGUGUCUCCCAACGUGGGCGUGGCUGUUGCUGCCGUUGUUGCCACAGCAAUAUCUCCGACUACCAUCAAGAAUCUCACCGAAGAGUCUACAGCGGCCAAGGAGGUGACAAUCCCGGCCCAAGUCUGCCAAACUAAGCAGGACACUCAAAUUUCAAGUGCUCCUGUGACUGUUGGGAAGGAGGAUGGUUCAGAUGAAGAGGAGGACCAGCAGGUCGCAGAAGACUUUGAUUCGGAUGACGUUGAAGCUGUUGACAUUGUUGGCAUUGGACAUGCAGUAUCCACAACUGCUUCUUUGAAUGCAACAUUCGUAAAGGCGGAUACUACAGAGAUUGAGACUACCACAACAACACCAUCGACAGCAACAGUAUCAACUACACGGCACGACGACGAUGAGCCGGAGUGGCUGCGUGAUGUGCUCGAGGCACCAACGCGUAGUUUAGAGAAUCUGUUGGUAAACAUAACGACACGCCAAACGGAACUUCAGAAUAGCUACGAAGCCACGGAAGGGACCGAGGGAAAACAUUCCGACUUAAAUCAGACCUAUAUAAUCGGCGAGUCACUGCACGAAUCAAUCGUGUCCGUGGAGUCCACACAGUCGGAUGCGACGUUCAAUCAAACGACCACCAUCGACGACAGCAUCAUCUCCAGCAAGCACAACUCUACAUAUUCGUUGGCGGAUAUUGAGCAAGCAACUAAUUCGACUGUUUUGAGCACUGGUAUUACUGAGUUGGACGACAGUCAGUAUUAUAUACCAGAAUACCCGCCAGUAAGGAGCAAGGAGGUUCUUGUGGAGGCGGGCGUGCAUUAUUUUGAGGAUGGCAAUUUUUGGAUGGAAGUGCCAGGUCUGCUAGACUUUGACGACGACGACUGCUCCUAUCCUCCAAUCACAGUACGAAAGAAUCCAAAGGUCCGCUUCAGCUCCGGCCCCAUACACGUAUAUUCCACAUUCUCUGUGACAGACUACGAUCGCCGCAAUGAAGAUGUCGAUCCGGUGGCCGCGUCGGCCGAAUAUGAGCUGGAGAAGCGUGUGGAAAAGAUGCACGUCUUUCCUGUUGAAUUAAUGAAAGGUCCCGAGGGUUUAGGUCUCAGCAUUAUUGGCAUGGGCGUUGGCGCCGACGCUGGCUUAGAAAAACUUGGCAUAUUCGUCAAAACAAUCACAGACAACGGCGCCGCAGCACGCGACGGGCGUAUACAAGUCAACGACCAGAUAAUCGAAGUAGACGGUAAAAGCCUGGUUGGCGUUACCCAAGCCUAUGCAGCUUCGGUGCUGCGCAAUACAUCUGGUUUAGUCAAAUUUCAAAUCGGACGCGAACGUGAUCCCGAAAACUCCGAGGUUGCCCAACUCAUACGGCUGAGUCUGCAGGCUGAUCGAGAAAAAGAGGAGCGCAUUAAACGUCAACAAGAAGAGUAUCUGCGUCGCACGCUCGACUACUCCGAGGAUUCGACGCAGCCAGUUUCAGCUAAUUCAAGUGUCUGUGAGGGACCAUCUAGUCCCGUACAGGUUGAACAUCCAAUGGAGGUCGAAGCUACACACUCCCAGGAGGUUGAGUCGCUCAAGCGUCUUCUACAGGAGAGCGAAAUGGGUUGCAUGGUUAAGGAAGAAAUUAUUCAAAAUCUUAAACGGAAGUUGGUUAAGCUCGAGACAACAGGCAAUGAGAAUGAACUGCUGAGCGAACGACUGCGCCAAAGCGAGCGUGAGCUGGGCAACAUUAAGAAGGAGGCGGCCAAUCUUCAAAAUAUGCUGCAGCAGUCGCAGGCGCAGUAUAUGGCACUGGACAAAAAGUACAACAAAGCAAAGAGGCUGGUUCGCGAGUAUCAGCAGCGUGAGCUGGAUAUGUGCCAUCGCGAGGAGUUCUAUCAGCAGUUAUUGCAGGAAAAGGACACUGAGUAUAAUGCGUUAGUCAAAAAGCUCAAGGAUCGUGUUAUCAAUCUGGAGCAUGAACUUCAAGAAACGCAGCGAAAGGCUGGCUUUCCAGUGGGACUGCCCUACGAUAGCGCCACGCUAAAGUUAACGCCCCAAAUGAUGCGUAAGACGCCUCCAAAGCCUCUCUUGCAUAAGCUGGAAACGGAGUUAUCCGACACGGAAAUCUCAGAUCUGUCACCAGACGGUGAUUGCGUCAAAACGGCAACCGUGGAGCGCAAGGUUCCCGUAAAGGACGAACUGGACGCGGCUGUGCCGCAGCACGAGCUGCUAGACAACUCUGUCAACAAAACCAAGAUCGAGCUGGCCUCCCGUGGUGGUCUAGCCAAUCGCCAGCUGCCCUCGACGAACGUAUCUAAUGGUAGUAACAGCAACGCCAACGGAGCCAGCGAAUUGCUGCUUAAUGGCAAUUUAUGCAAGCGCAGCAGAAGCAACAGCCGUAGCUCGGAUUGCACUCUGGAUGACAGUGAGGAGGAGGUGGAAUUGGAGCAGAGUGCACUCAAUUUGGCUACGAGUGUGUCUUCCUGUCAUGAUGGCAUUAAUCUAUCCAAUGGCAACACCCACCUGCUGGCCAACGUGAACAACUUGCUGCAGAAUCAUCCACCUGCGACAAAUACGCCUAUUGGUAGCAGCAUUGUGGCAGCCGGCAAUGGACAUGUAGGGACCACAACGGCCAUACUGCUUAACUCGACGUCGUCAGCUUCUUCCAGUUCAUCAAAUCAGUCCACGGCACGCGAAGCUCAAAUCAAUCAGCUCUACGCUCAGGUGCACAAGGAUCCCAGCAAGCAACAGCAACAACAGCAUCAGGCAACCAGUUUGUUUAAGAAUGCGGUGGGCUCGCCGGCAGAGACUGGGGGAGGAUUGAACGACUUUCAUCGCGGAAGCAUGACAACCUUUGGCACUGCCAGUGGCGGCAGUGCUAGCAAUCGCGAUCUCAACAGCUCAUACGACUCUAUAGUGGGCUCCAAUGAUAAGUUAGCAGAGAACGAUCAAAGCGAGAACUGGAUGUAUCCGAGCCGGCGUCGUGUUGCGCCCAAUGGCAGCAAGCUGCCGGGCUCCACUUUCACUGAGCAGCUCAAUCAAGCACUGUCCGAUCGUGAGAGACGUCUUGGAGACGGCUCCUCGCGCCACUCCAGCGAUGAUUACACAGAGAUCAACAAGAGCCAAAGUGCCGCAGCGGUUAACUGCAAGACGCUAAUCAACGAGAUUCGCCAGGCGGUCAAUGAAGCACAGCCAAAAGUAAAACAAGUUGUUCCGCAAUCGCUCUCCCCGCCCGGUACAGUGCCCUGGCAACAGCAGCAUUUUCAGCAGCAUCAACAACAGCAAUCAGCGCAUGUGACCGGACCGCCAUCACCGACUAGCAUGUCUUCAGGCUGCUCCUCGCCCGGAUACUCGCCUAGCCGGACCCUGGAUCUGUCCGGCUCUAGUUCUAGUUUUUCGGAUAAAAAAGCGGCUGUCGCCUGCUACAAUUAUAAAGGAGGCCCCGUGCACGAAUGGACCAAGGAGCAGGUGGGCCACUGGUUGAUGGGCAUUGAGCUGGAGCGCUAUAUACCUGUCUUCAAAGAACACAACGUGGAAGGCGGCGCUUUGCUUACUCUUGACUCGAAGGACUUUAAAACUUUGGGCGUUUGCGGUGAUGACAAAAAUCGUUUGAAAAAACGACUAAAGGACCUGAAGGCCAGCAUCGAAAAGGAGCGCAAGGACAUGGAACGCGAGCGUCGCGAACGCGAAAAGGCCAUACGCAAGGCUGAAAAGAAGGCAGCCAAAAAAAAGUAGUUGAAUUCUAGAUUUUAAGCAACAAAGUAGCCAAAAACCAAACCAUAUAUGCAUACUAAGGACUCAUAAGAUCUAUGCAUACCACAUCCAAUGCGUUUAAAUAUAUAUUUAUAGAAAUAUACCAUUAACAUAUUAUGUAUUACAUAGUUAUUUAUCUUAUAAAAUAACUUAUAAGAGUAAACGUAUUUUAUUUGUACAACAGACAUCUAUAAUACGUACAACAUUUUAACUUAUUGAAUCUAAUGCAGCAUAGACGUA